UUAUGCACUGAGGAAAAACAAUUAGGUCAGGAAUUUUCUUGGUUGCCAAACAGAACCCGCCAGAAAUUGAGUGCAAAGUUGAAAACUUUACUGCAUUGGGUCUUUGAUUCUUGUGUGAUUCGCCAUGAAUGGCGAUGGGAAUAAUGAAGCAAUGCAAGUGGCCAAAGAGAGGAUGGUGUAUAUGUGGGGUUACUUGCCCGGAGCACUGCCGCAGAGAACGCCGCUGUUGACGCCGGUGAUGGUUAGGGCUCCGGCGUCGGGGUAUUCCUGGAAAGAUGUUUGCGGUGGUGGUUGUGGAUUCGCCAUGGCUAUCUCUGAGCCAGGAAAGCUCAUAACAUGGGGUUCAACAGAUGAUUUAGGUCAAAGCUAUGUGACGUCUGGCAAGCACGGGGAAAUCCCAGAGCCUUUCCCUCUUCCAACUGAAGCAAUUGUAAAAGCUACAGCUGGAUGGGCACAUUGUGUUUCUGUAACGGAUUGUGGAGAAGUUUACACAUGGGGAUGGAAGGAAUGUGUUCCAUCUGGAAAAGUAUUUGGUGAACCGCCAACAGGUGUAAGUCCUGAAGGGCAGAGUUCAUUCUUGACGGAGCAAGUGAGCCCUCAUGCUCAAGUCUCAAAAUCCACCGGAGGAAUUGCAUCUAGUACCAGCGGAGAAGAAAAUACAAAGAGAAGGAGAGUAUCUUCAGCAAAGCAAACAGCUGAAACCUCAUCAUCGGGUGAUGAUGUUCUGACAGCUUUGCCCUGCCUUGUCACUCUAAAUCCGGGGGUGAGGAUAACUAGUGUUGCUGCUGGUGGACGCCAUACCCUAGCAUUGUCAGAUAUAGGACAGGUGUGGGGUUGGGGCUAUGGAGGUGAAGGGCAGCUUGGUUUGGGUUCUAGAAUACGUAUGGUGUCCUCACCCCAUCUUGUUCCUUGUAUUGAUUCCUCUUCUUAUGGUAAAGAUAUACCAGCACCAUUGGCUCGGGGAAACUUGAGGUCAGAGGGGCACAAUGUUAGAGUUCCUGGAAGUUAUGUAAAAGCGAUUGCCUGUGGAGGUCGACACAGUGCAGUAGUCACAGAUGCUGGAGCUGUGCUUGCAUUUGGAUGGGGACUUUAUGGACAGUGUGGGCAAGGAAGUACAGAUGAUGAACUGAGCCCAACUUGCGUAUCAUCCUUAUUGGGUAUCCGAAUAGAAGGAGUUGCUGCAGGACUGUGGCAUACUGUCUGUACAUCUUCUGAUGGUGAUGUAUAUGCAUUUGGUGGAAACCAGUUUGGGCAACUGGGAACUGGUGCUGAACAAGCUGAGACUCUUCCAAGACUACUGGAUUGUCCGAGCUUGGAAAAUAUGAAUGUAAAGAGCAUAUCAUGUGGGGCUCGUCACACUGCUCUAAUGACAGACAAUGGAAAAGUAUUCUGCUGGGGAUGGAACAAGUACGGACAGCUUGGCCUCGGCGACGUGAUUGACCGUAACGUUCCUUCUGAAGUCACCAUCGAAGGUUGUGUAGCUAAAAACGUUGCCUGCGGUUGGUGGCAUACUCUUCUUCUGGCAGAGUCACCCACUUGAUGUCAUGGUUUCCUCGAGGCUCCUGGCGCAAUUUUGUUAGUUAGCUUUUCGUCUGAUUAGUAAAUCUCAAAGUGAUGUUUGGAAACCCCUCUAUAAUUUAGAAUCAAUUCUUGGGAGAAGCUGCUUCAAGGUUUCAGAAUUGAGAGAAGUUAUUCCAAGCACGCUAUAUGCUUAGAGAAGUCAUAUGUAUAUGUACAUACAGUAGUGGUAUACAUAUGCUUAGAUGCUUGCAUUCUUUCAUGGUGUGAAUCAUCAUGAAUCAUGAUUGGCUCUAGUUCAUUAACUACAUUCAAUAGGAGAUUUCUACUUUGGGAAGGAAUAUUUGGGUCCUUUUCAUCGAUGUAAACAUUAUUCUUCAUAGUGUAUAUUGUGUAAUUGUAUAAACUAUUCUGUGUGAUUAAUUAGAUACCCUGGAAUCUGGUGUGCUGGCACCUGGCAUGUUUGACUUAA